CUGAAACAACGUUUAAUUUCCUAGAACUGUCGCAAAGUAUAGUCAUGAAGUAAUCUGCCUGAGAUUACAAAUACUGUGAUAUUUGGGAUAUCAAUCGAUUAUUUCAUCACGGUUUUAACUCGUUAUCGAAACUCAAUAUGAUGCCAAUUGGAAAAAAUUCCUCGGGACGUCGUUCUACGUUCGCGAGCAGUUAUGAUCGAUACGGCGAGAAAGUCAGGAUGAAUUCCUUCCUUUCGCUGCAAUACAAUAAGACCGACAAAUGUACCGAUGCGGAAUCACGACGAGCUUUGAAAGUAUCGACAGUCGAGAUGUAUCUGAGGAUCAGGCCAGUGUCAACGGCGCUUGAAAAGAGUUACGCCGUACUCAACUCGAGAACUCUUUUAACGUUUCUGCCGUUCGAGGAUAAAUUCAUUCGAAAUUCGAGGGGCGCGAAAUCGAGCGAGGCCGAAGGCAGGCGGCAUGCCUUUACGAAGAUCUUCGGAUCAGAAACUUCGCAGGCGGAGAUGUUCGAGGGAUCCAUAAAACAUCGAGUCGCGGAGUUCCUCGGCGGUAAAAGUUCGACCAUCAUGACUUACGGCACAAGGGAUUCCGGGAAGACUUACACGCUGUUCGGCACGCCCGCGUCGCCCGGCAUAAUAACGCGCAGUAUCGAGCUCGUGUUUUCGGCGAUAAACUGCACCAUCGCGCCGUGGUACAAACCGACGUUUCAGGGCACGGUGGUCCACCUGAACAAGACCGAGCGGGAUUCGGAGAUGCAGCGGAAGAGGCGAGUAUUAGACGGACUGUUGACGGCGAAUGGGAAGACGAUAGCGGAGGCUGAAGAGUUUCUGGAGAACUCGCGGCCGGAGAACGCAGAUCCUGACAAAUGCGAGGAGUGCUUCAGCGAGUCUAUGUACGCCGUAUGGCUGUCCUUCGCGGAGAUUUACAACGGAAACGUUUACGAUCUGUUGGACGACGCGGAAGCACGCUCCCCGUUGAGACUGUACGUGAACGCCCAAGGGCGAGCUUACGUUCGCGGUUUACAAAAGGUUCACGCUAUAACUGCGCUGGAGGCCUGUCAACUUCUCAUGGCGGACCAAUCGAGGAUGAGAACGACCGACGCGACGAGAUCGAAGAGCUCCCGAUCGCACAUUAUUUUCACCAUAGAAUUACUGAGAUACCAGAAGGAUCACGCACCGGAAGAAGUGACGCACAGUACGUUGACUUUUUGCGACCUGGCUAGCUCUACACAAUUCGAGAAAUCGCAUGUGCGCGAGGCGAGCAAUGUCAACAACAGCCUGCUGGUGCUCGGCAGAUGCCUCAAGGCCAUGAAUCAGAGGGACUAUCAGAUGGCACUUUAUCGUCAGUCCAAGUUAACGAGAAUAUGUCAACGAGCUCUCUCCGGUGAGGAAAAUCUGAUCGUUAUAGUAAACAUUGUUUUUCGGCCAGGUCUGACCGACGAAACACAGAGCAUUUUCAGCUUUUGUAAUAUAGUCAGAAAGCUACUGAAGAGUCAUCAUAAGGAAUGCAAACAGCUGUGCAAAGGAACUGUUCCUGGUCUGGAAGCAUACGACGAUGACCUUGUGGCAUCACCGCCCAACUCGUCCGAGACUGCAGAAAUGACUGGCUGUACCGAUUCGGUAGCAUGCAGAAAUAUACGAGAGGAGAACAGAAGGCUGGAGCAAGAACUGGAAGCUUUAAAAAAUGACAUGCUGAAUCGCGAAUACGCAAUCCGACAACACCUAACCGAUAAUUACUCACGUAUGAUCGACGAUUUAGAAGCGAUUUACAAAGAGAAUACCAAAAAGCUCGAAAUUGAGGGACACGAUCUGUUGAAAUGGUCUGUCGAGCAGGUCAAAAGUUUUUAUAAGGAGCGCCUCUUUUAUAAGAAGCGCUUCGAUGAUCUGUGGCACAAGAAGAGAAGGCGAAGCGAUAGCGGCGAUUACAUCGACGACAACCCUGCGCUUUGCGAAGAGCUCAAAGCUGAGAAUGUGCAGGUUACUUCAAACUUAGCGGUUCUGAAAGAAGUGGCGAGGCAGUUGAAGAAAGAAAACGAGACGAUUCUCUGUGAGAAAAACAACUGUAGCUUCCAAUUGGCCUUGGUAACCGAGGAAUUGAAAAAGUUUCGACAGCUCACGCGAGCUGGGAUUCGUAAAUGGGGUGGCAACACUGAAAACGUCAAGGACGAUGCCGAUUGUCUCAUGAACAAUUUGGAAGGGUUAAUGGAUGAAAAACUAAAGAGAACCGAGAAGAAACUUGAAGAGAUGACCGAAUACAUCCAUGCAAUGGAGAACGAAAACGCUGAAACCAUUUCUGAAGUGAAGCAAGCGUCGUCAAACUCGGAGGAUCUUUUGCAUGAUACUUUGAUGAAGAUGAGAGAACUGGAGGAGGAGCUUUCACGCAAAGAAGCUUGCAUCAUCAAACUGCAGCGUUACGCACAGUUGCAAGAAAAACAAUAUGUUGAAAUUCAACAGCGCUUGACUGAUACACAAAAUGAGAUUAUAAGCGACGGAAAGUGCAAAUGUGACCGAUGGACAAAUAUUUCAUUUGACGAUUGUGUAGCAGACAGUAUUUUUCAGAAUAACCUGCCCGUAGAGAAAAUUUCCUCACCGGUGAAUUCAUCUGUUGAUCAACACGAGCUUAACGACUGGAUUAUGAUUCCAACAUUGUUUGCAAAUAACGUUGAAUCAACGAAGAAGGGACUCUCGAAAACGUCAAACGUCGAUCGCAAAAGUCCCGAAAGUACUGAUAGUAUAGAUUAUCAAGUUUUUAGAUUGAGCGACAGGAGCAGCAAGGAUGAUUCCGGUGUAAGUAGCGAAUUACAAAACGAAAGUCGAAGAUCUACUGAUAUGAACGAUCGCACAAGUACCCGCGAAAACGAAGACAAGUCUACGCAAACUAGCAUCAUCGACGAGAACAGUCAGAUGGAGGGAAAUGUUGAACAGCUUAAGAUAGACAGUGCAGACUCGAAUAAAUGGAACUAUCAAGACACGUUAGGUGUUACAGAAUUGUCUCAGAAUCUGGAAGCUCUCCGAGAUGUGAUUUACGCAUUAAAUGAAACGACUCGCACGAAUAAGUGUCAGUUGCUACACGAAGAAGGAACGCUGGAACGACUGACCGAAGAGGAGAGUGAUAUUGCAAUGAAACGCGACGGUUUAUUCAACGUGAUGGAGAAUAAAAUGCAAGAAUAUAAACGUGAGAUUCGUGAGCUGAUCCGCAAGUUAGCAGUUAAAGAAAAAAAUGAAAGUCGAAUUUUCAAAUGGCUAGAAAAAUAUAUAGAGAAAUCCAGAACCUUUGAAAGCAAAAUAUCUUUGAUGCGUAAUCGAUUGGACAAAGCGUUUAGUAAAUGUGCAAAUGAACACUUACCAAAGAUCGAAAGUUUAGAAGAAGAAGUGUUGCAAAAAACUCUGAAGAUAAAUGAGCUCGACGGAAAGAAUACUGAAAUGCAAUACGAGCUCGCGCAAGGCUACGAAUUGCUUCAGAAGAUACAUGAUUUCGAAAUUAUUGUGAACAGAUGUCAGAGAGAUAGGAACGAGCUUUGCAGGCAAUUAUGCGAAUGUUCCGAGGCCCAAUUGACUCUCGAGAAUAAAUUAAAGAAAUUAACGAUGACGGUAACGGAAAGGGAGUGCGAAGUUAUUUCGUUGAAGAGUGAAAUUCGUAAUAUAGGUGAUUUGAACGUUGCGAACAGCAAGAAAGCAAGAAAUCUGAGCGAGCAAAUUAUCAAAAAUGGCGAAAGCAUCGGUUCGGUCAUGGAAGAUCUGCAUUACUGCGAAGAUUUGCGUAAGAACGUGGAAAAUACUAUAAAAGCAGAAAUUCAUGAUUUCAGAUCUCGGUUCUCGGAUCAAAAAAAUAAUACAACGCUCCUGAACGAAAUUUGCAAGACUUAUGGCGACAGCCAGGAUGAAGUAACUCGUUUAAAAAUGCAACUGGAGCAUAAAGAACUAGAAAUAGCUCUACUUAAAACUAACAAAGACGAUACGAUACAAAAAUAUAAGAUUUUAAUGAGACAUUUUCAGAAUGAAAUCGAAGAGAAGGAAAAACAUAUUAAGACUCUUGCGAACAGCUCCAAUUAUUCCAAAAGCCCAUCAUCGAAGAAUCAAAGUCAGCCAGAUGAAACCUUAAAAGACCGAAAUGAAGCCGAAAGUAGUUUCGCGAGCAGUUCCUGUUUUGUGCCUGAGCAUGCUAGUUCGGGGGCAUUAAAUGUUUCGUCAGCUCCAAGUGAAGAUUCCACAACUUUUUCUGAUGAAAAAUAUGACUUCAGUAUUAAAUUCGGCGAUGACGAAUCUUGUCAGACAGAUAGCAGUGUAAAGUCAAAUGUACGUUCAUCUGAAACUGAUAGGUCGGAAAUGGAAGAUAAUUUCAGCACGAGAUCACCAAGUACCAAAGACACGAAGAAAAUACGAGGUUGGAUAAAAGUCAGAAGAAUCUCUGGUAAAACCGCACUUUCUAUUAAACACGAAGAUAUAAAUAGUGAUUCAGAAACUGAGUGACAGUAAAGAACAUAUGCCAAUAAUUACUGAUUCAAUUAUAUAUAAUUUUUGUAUAUAAUUAUUGAUGCUAAGAAUAUUGCUGUGUAUGUCGCGCGUGCAUUUUUAAAGUAAUUUGACAUUUAUUUACGUUCCGUGUAUUUCGUUCCGCUGAAUGUUUCGUAUACAAUUUUAAACACAUGUCAUACUUUAUUAAAUUUAAAAGAGAAAAAAAAUCGUGCAUGUCUCAAAUGUUAUACGUUUUAAUCCAACUGUUACACA